AUGAUGAACUCCAUGGUCCUGGGGUAUGGGGUUGUUCCCCAGGACCUGAUUCACCGGGGGAACCUGCUGUGGAUUCCCCUGGUGUUGGUUGUAGUCUCCGUCCAUCCCGUGCUCUUCUUCAGAAUCGCUACUCAGGUGGCCGUCUAUGCGCUCUUCCGUAGCCAGUCUAGCUCGCUGUUGUCUCCUGAGCUGGCGACAGGUGCAGUCAAUCUCUGGAUUCAAUGGCAGUAA